AUGGCGGAGGAGGAGGCAUCACAUCCAAAAGUUCUCAUUUUUACUGCACCAAUUUUAUGCUUUAAAGAAAAAGCUCCAAACCUCACACGUAAAGGUGAGUUUUUAAUUGGAACGGGAAAAAUUCAGUCCUGGUAAAAAUGGCUUCUUAUCGAUGGCACCAUCGUCCUCUGGUCGUCGGAGGGAGAAUUUUAGUUUGAAGUGAGUUAUCGAGGGCUAUUUAACGUAAAGACAAAAGAAUAACUAAUGCGACAAAUUUGGAAUGAGGUGACCUGAGGUGUACGGACCUUCCAACUAAACCAUGCGAAUCUGGAGUAUUUGAAACAAAUUCCCCAAAAACCUGGAGACCUCAAACGUGAAAGAUUUCCAAAAUAUGUGUCAAAUAAAACCCAAAAAGCAGAUAUUCUUAUAUUCUUUACGUCGAUAGGACAAUGAAUAGCCAAAUAAGGAUGCCAUAAGGCUUUCCCACAGACCUUAGCAAACCUAUGAUUUCUGGGAAUUAGGAUGGAAUUGGACUCAGUAAUAUUUUCUGAUUCACUGUGGAAUUUUGAGGCUAAAUAGACCUUGUCACGGUUUUCGACGCCAUCUUGAUGAGUAGGCAAACGCGUGAGAAAUUACAGUGAUGGCAUGAGAAUCUAAUGUUGAAUAAUUUCGGUAGGACGGCUGUUCUGAAAGAAAUACGAUUUGUGAACUAAAGCUUCACUCUUAAGGAUUCUCCUGAAAAAAUUUGAGGGCGUUACGUGCGCUAGAAGACCUAGAACCACUUUUCAAAAUUUUCAGCACAUUUGUCUGUAAUUUAAGUCGCGGGAAAAUUACAGACAAAUAUAUGGAAAAUCUAAAGCAAGCCUCUGGAGAAAUUUAAGCACAGGUACGCCCCCAAAUUUUUUUAGGACAAUCCUUUGCUUUGUAGCUUUAGUUUACAAUAAUUAUUGAUACUUUGUUCAGAACGGCCGUUUUACGGAAAUUAUUCGACAUUAGAUUCUCAUACAAACACUGUAAUUUCUCACACGUUUGCCUACUCGUCAAGAUGGCAUCGAAAACCGUGACAAGGUCUAUAGUUAGGCUGUGAGUUAACUGCCCAAACCGUGAGAGUUGGAAGGACUGGGUUCCCUCUGUAGGUACCAAGGCACAGAUUAUGUACAACAUAAGAAACAGUACAACCAAACAAUAUUAAAGCCCCCAGGAGAACUCUUGUUGGCUCCUUUGUUUCUUUUGUGAUGAUUCUACCUGCAGAAAUACCUAAAGUCUAUGUCUAUUGCACUCUCAUACAUGUAUACCAGCGCUCAAUAGGUCUAGGUCUUUGUUUUGUUUUUGCCUCUCUGACUCUUGAAAAGCGUAAACAAAUCUCCUUUUCUUGGUGUAACUGGGUCUCCUGGAAACCUUAAAGAUUCACAAUCAAGUGUAGAUCAUUUUUGACAGUCUGGAACUGUGUUAUUUCGAAAACAGGCCUGUUCAAAUUCCUAUUACAUUAGCCCAAUGUUCUUCCCAAAGUUUUUCCAGUAAUGCAGAGUUUUUCGUUAUUCUUGGUGCAGCAUUACAGGACAAUAAGGUUUGUAGAAAUCAUGGUGUUUUUUGGAACCUCCCCCAAUAAGGUUUGUAGAAAUCUUGAUGUUUUUUGGAACCUCCCGCCCACCCUUAACACACCAUGUGGACAUGUUAUAAGAUGUUCAUGGGCUGAAAACAUUGCAACUUUGCCUGCAAUGAAUCCUACCCUCUUUUUUGCCCCCUGUAUCACUGUGGCUGCAAACUAGGCUGUUUAUUUAUAUAUCUUCUCAUGUCUGAAAUCCCCUCUGAUAUGAAUCUAAUAUUUUCAUCUGAAAUGUAGGUAGCAAGAUCUGUUGGAGUAAAACAACUUUAAAACAAAGUGGGAAAGCAUUUGUGCGGUGUGAGCAGCAAUUUUCCAGCAACAAAGAUGAUGACCUCACUGAAGAGAGUGACCUAAGGCUUGAAUAUGAACCAUUAGCAGUUCAGGAGUCUGUCUGUUUAUACCUGGAAAGUGAAUUUAAAAACACUGAACACACUUCACAGCCAACUGAGUCAUCUUCAUUUGGGUUUGAAACAGGGUGUCAUGUAGCUCACAGUGAGAAUGUUGAUGCUGGAAAUCUGCAGAGAGAGUUUGAAGACAUAAGAUGUGCAAGUCAAAGACUCCUCAUUGAAAAUGGUGCACGAAGUUCAAGCAUGUCUAGUGAUGAGGAUAAAAAAGCGAUCAAAAGGAAGUUUGAUGCUCUUGGCGGUUUUGAUUGUGAUACUGAUACACAUCAGUUGACAAUGGAGGAUGUUUACACCCAAGAAAAAUUCCCCUCUUCUUCAUCAAGUGAGACAUGUAAUCCAAUUCACAAAGAAGAUACCACAACAGAGACUACUGCAGAAGUGAGCUCUAGUGUCAAACAAAGUGUUAACCCUGCUCGGGAACUUGGAAAUAAUGCUGUACCAAAAGUUUGUAACACAUUAACUGCAUUCAAAGACUGUAAUGUAGAAAAUGCUCUGGUUAACAUUCUGUUUGUUGUUAUCCAAGUGAAUGACACCCGCGAAGUGCAAAUAAAAUCAGGCGCCAGUGCUGGAACAUUUGUAGCUGUGUCUUCAGUUCUAGUUGCUGAUGAAUCAAAGCCAUGUUUCAAACUUACACUUUGGAGAGAAGCCUCCAGGUGGACUGAAAAGAUAAUGCCUGGGGAUUUUGCUGUUGCUACGUCAAUUAAGAUUGGAAAAUGGCGCAGUGAAUUUGUUGGGCAGACAACUUUUAACUCAGGUUUCUAUAAUCUGCAUCGACCGAGAAGACUUCUAUCCAACAUUUGCCGAAAGUUAGUUUCACAGGAGAGAUUUAAUGCCCUUGCCAAAUGGGUUAGAACAGAGCACCCUUACUUCUUUGGAGCUUCUACUCUAAAGAGGAAAGUUGAAUUUACUGAAAUUGCUCAGAUGCUUGACAACACCUUGGUUCACUUCAGAGCUAAACUGAUAAGUAUUCAUGACUCCUCCCCUUCAUCAAGUACCUAUCAUUUUGGUGGUCAACAGCUGACCAAAAUUAUAGCAGGUAAGUUUCUUGUAACAUUUUAGCUCAUGUUUGAGUUUAUGCAGGGACCCAGUUGUUCAAAGGCUGGAUGGCACUAUCCACCAGAUAAAUUUCUAUCUAGUGGAUAUUGCAGUAGUUUCCCCAAUACUUAUCCACAGGAUAGUGAUUUAUCUGUGGAUAGUUGCUUGUACACUUGCUGUGCAAACUGGCUUCACAUUAUGAACCCCUAGCAACCUAUCAAACUUGCUUCACUUGUUCAAAUGGUGGAUAACACUGUCGUAUGGAUAAUCCACUAUCCUCUGGAUAGUACAUUUUGGUUUUCCUAGCACUCAUCCACUGGAGAUUGAUUUAUCCAAUGGAUAGUUCAUUACAACAUUUUGAACUACAUGUACUACCACAGGGUCCAGAGGAGAUGUGUUUGUCGUUAAAACAUCAAAACCCGUCAAAAACCUCUGAAAAAAUGGGUUAUUUUGAUCCCGUUACAAUUUCGUUACACAUUCUAUAUACCACAAACCAAGAGACUGAGGGCUCGCAAUAUUGGCUUACAGUAUAUAAUAUGGAAAGGCUGUUUUUUUAACUUGACACUUCGUGCCUCAGUCACCCUUUGGGCAAUGUGCUGUGCACCAGCGAGUAUUUGGCUUGUUGAUUUUCAAAAUGGCGAACAACAAAGUCAAUCAGGGUCAGAUAAGAAGCGAAGUAAUUCAUUUAUUUACACGAAACUCUUCUGGACCCUGUGGUACUACCCACAAGUAGACAACAAGUACAUGUAGAGGGGAAAGGGGACUAGGAAGGAACAAAUAAAGUGGACAGAACUUAGAGAGAAGUGAGAGUAAAAGGGAGGGUAUUACUGUGACUCACAGAAAGCACAGCAUGAAAGGAGAGCAAGAACGCCCCUGGGGAAUCAAGUCAAGAAGUGGACACUAUCUCACUUCACCUUUUUAGGGGCUGGAGGCGAUUAUAACAAUCCAGGCAAUUGUGUGAUGUGGAGACUUCAGUUUCAGAUCCAGGCCAUUAUAAUCAUAGCCUGAUCCUCAGACGCCUGAGGUCAUUCGCGGUUCCUUCACUUCCCACCUUCUUGAGGGAAGAGAAGGGACUGCGAACGACCUCAGACAUCUGAGAAUCAGGCUAUUAUAAUCACCCCAGUCAAUUUGGAUUUUCCUGUAUUGCAUCAGAGGUGUUUCCUUAAUUAUCUUCUUGAUUGUCUUAGCACAAUGAUUUUGAGAUGAUUACUGGAAAUGAUCGAGAUGAUUGGGAUAGAUAAAUAAAGACUGAGCCUAAAGGUUGCUAAAUAUGCCAAUUACACAUCUCCCAUAAUGCGCCUUAUUUGCCCCCCCCAAAAAAAUUUGCAUAAGCAUUUUUUCAAUUUCACUUGGGAUGGCUGUAAUACCCAGGAGAAAUUAAGAAAAGGUUAUGCAAUUUUUGGGGGUGGGGCAAAUGAAGUGCAUUUGGGAGGGGGCAAAUAGGGAUCCAUUAUGGGAGACUCCCUACCCCUUAGUUUUUACCAAACUGAGGCAUAUGUUGAUAAAAAAUUUUUUUGUAGAAACCCUCCCUCAAGGUCUUUUGACCCCCCAACCCCGCCCCCCUAUCUGAAUGUCUGGAUCUACCACUGGUAUGCUGAUAAAUUGCGCAAAACACUCCCUCCGUUUUGACCCUUUAUCAGAUACUUUUUAUACCCCACCUUUCAAGUUUCUUAUGUGAUAGAUGAUGAUUGUUUCUUUCUUUUUUUUAAUGCAAAGUCUUAGAAGAGCGACCGGGCGAAAAGAUACAACUAUUUCUAUGGGGCAGACAAGCGGCUUGGAUGAACCAACUAAGAGAGGGAAUGGGGAGAGUCUGGGAGUUCCAUUACCUCACGGCCAAGUACAACACUGAUGCUGGAUGCGUCUCACUGCACUCGAACCCGAGAUCAACAAAGGUGAAACUUCCGGUGAACGACAAAAACGCCUCCUCUCUUAUGUUACGUUUUGAUGAAACUGCCAAGCCAACAAAAACAUUUGCGAACGUACACGAUCUGCUGGAAUCCAAAUUUACUGGCUUAGCAGAACUGGAAGCGGAAAUAACUUCGUUGCAGUUUCACUGUAAGGAUGAAGUCGUUGUUGUAGACGAAACUGUGCCCUCGACAGAGACACUGAAGAAGGCGAUUGACAAAUUAGUGUUCAUCGGUUGCGGCUCGUGCUCUCGGGCUCUUGUGCAAGAUAAAAACGGUGUUUACUGUCAAUGUUCACAUUGUGUUGUGGCAAAUCCCAGUUACCAGUACACUACAAAAUAUUACUACAAGCCGCUGACCUUGGUCCUUGGCGACUCCCGUACGUCCUUACAAGUGGAAGCAUUCGGUUGCGUCAUUUCGCGCCUUUUUUAUGACUUUCCCGCCAAAAUGUUAGUCCAAUCAGCGGCGAAAGGGUUAUCAGAUGACAAGAGUUUUGUCGAUAGUUUUGUUACUUUCAUUAAAGCUCUUGUAAAGAACCCUAAAUGCAAGGUUACAGUUGCCUGUCACCUGACUGUAGAUGAAAAUAGCUUCAUUGAGGAUAGAACUUUCACUCUUCAGCAAAUUGAGUUAAUGCGAUAA